GGGAAGGAGCCAAAGAGGUCAUUGUAUAAAUAAGCAAAACCCUUCAAGUGCUUUUUCUUCUUUGAUAACCUUCGAUUUCAAGCUUCGCCGGAGCUUUCAAUCGGCGGCAGAAAAGAAAGGAAAAACGAGCAAUUAUUUAUAUUUUAUUUUUUCACUUUCUUUGAAGUCCGAACCAAAAAGAGAUCUGAAGUUAUCAGUGAAGGGUAAAGCUUACGGUGUGGAGGUUCCAAUUUUGCAGAGCAAGCUUUUUUGAAUUUGCUUAAGGUUAGAAAGCUAUAACUUUAUACCGCCAAAAGCUUUUACAAAUGGUAGUGAAAGUUGCGGCAACGUCGGCGCGUUUACAAUGGUCGCAGGCGAAUCUUCCUCAGCCUCCUUCUUCUUCCCAAGCUUUAGCUUCAGCAAUCUCUUCACCUUCCCUUCCGCGGCGUUGCCGCAGCGACGGCGCUCUCGUUCUCAAGUCCGUACAAAGACUGAACCGGUCGGCUCUGUUCGGUUCAAGCUCCACCAAUAUCCAAGGGUCCCGAUCUUGCGAUUUGCUCAAACCGAGAUCCGGAACUUCACGACGAGCUUGCAGCGCAAGCUUAGAUGCCUUUUCUGAUGAAGAAUUUUCCAAGAAAAUCCAAGAAUUGGCUCUCAGAUUCCAGUUAUCAGACAAUGACGGCACAACCACCAACAGCAAAACUAACGGAGACGAUUUAGUUUCCGAACGGGAAACGGAAACUGGAACCGUUCCCGAUUUCGAAACGGAAUCUUUUGAAUUUAGUGAACAGUUAUCAACUAUAGAACGUAAAGCCAACAGCGUUGAUCUUCCGGUUUCGCUGCGAAUGAUUAAGAGGAAAUUACAAUGGCAAGAAGGGUUUCGAGAGGCAGGGGAGUCGGCGUAUUGUUCGAUGAAGAAGGCGUUUUCCUCGAUGGUGUUUAUAAUCCGGGAGCUCCAUAGCUAUACUCUGCAAAUGCGAGAGCUUUUGUUUUAUGAAGAUUUACAAGGGAUUCUCGUUAGAGUUCAAAAAGAGAUGCACGCUUCAUUCGUUUGGUUGUUCCAACAGGUCUUUUCUCAUACACCCACUUUGAUGGUCUACGUGAUGAUCCUAUUAGCAAAUUAUUCGGUUCAUUCAAUGGGAAGCAACGCCGCUCUGGCAGCAACCGCCGCUGCGAAUCCGACGCCGGGGUCUUAUGUUGGUAUGGUUGACGUUCAAGAUCAGAAGGAUUCCAAGUUCGAUUCUUCGUCGAUAAAGUCAUUUUCAGUGUCGUCAUCGAGCGGGAAAACCGCUUCCAUCGGGGGGAACAACGGCGGCGGUGGAAAAGUCCGGUCUGUAGCCAACGGAACAGACGGGGACGGUUGGUUUAACAAAGCAGACCAGUUCAGAACCAUCUUUCCCGAUGGUGCUUCCCAGUUAUCAUCCCCCGGAACAACCGCAGAAACACAAAGCGAAUCAACCAGAGAAGAAGAGCUCACUCUUUGGAACUCAAUCGUCGAUGAAGCUUCGAAAAUGCUCGCUUCAUACAGAGACGAGACGCUCGACCAUGAAACAAUUCAGAGAUUCGUUUCUCCGGUGACGGCAAACAUCGAACCCGACGGUGAUUAUGAAGAUUAUAUAAGAACUGAGCUUCUUUAUCAAACGGGGUUAUCUCAAGACCCCACUAACUCCCUCCUCCUCGCCAAUUACGCUCAGUUUCUCUACCUUGUUGCACAUGAUUAUGAGAGCGUUGAAAAAAAAAACAGAGCGGAAGAGUACUUCAAGAAAGCGGUAACAGUGGAGGCGGUGGAUGCGGAAGCGUACAGUAAAUACGCAAGCUUUUUGUGGAAAGCGAGGAACGAUUUGUGGGCAGCUGAGGAAACCUUCUUGGAAGCCAUUGAAGCAGAUCCGAGCAACUCUUAUUACGCCGCGAAUUAUGCUCAUUUUCUAUGGAACACUGGUGGGGAAGAUACCUGUUUCCCUCUUGACACUACCCAAGACGCUUAAACCCAAAAAAAAAAAAAAAGGAAAUAAAAAAUAUUUUAGAAAUAUAACCCUGUGGAGUGUGGAGUAAAUCCUAUGGCCACCUUUUCUCUUCUUCAUUUGUUUGUUUUUUAUUCUACCUUUUCUUCUUCCCCAUUUUUGUUUACAAAUCAAGGAAAAAAAAAUAAAGCUAGUCAUGAAAAGAUAUUAAAAUGCUCAUGCAUUUCACGGUCUAAUUGCUUUCUUUUCUUAACCUGUUCAUAUUAUAAUAUCUUAAUAACAUUUGUAUCUUUUCAUGUAA